CCGUUGUAUCGCGUCACUGCCAUGAUAUUACUUUAUAAUCAUUCCUACCUAGAUCGUAGUCUCGCUCUGUAUGGAGAAUUCAUUGGAAAAUAUGAAGAUUCGACAAUCCCAAUUACAGAUCGGUUUGUUGCGAUCAGACAUAAACUGGGUAUAUGCUCGCAAUCGACAGUAUUUCCCAGUCACCGAUUGUCAGUAACAGCUCGCGUGAAUAGGGGCAUUUGGCCACACGCUUUCAUUGAUUGGAUGAACACCUCAAUAUCAUAUGAACGUUACAUCCUUUUGAUUUGCUCGGUGAAACCAUGCGGUUGGGACCAACGUGAAGCUUUUGGUUAUCAUCACAGUUCUGAGCCAGAACAAGGGCUUUCAAGGGUUUCAACGCUUUAUUCUCACUGUCCAGUAAGUAGUCGCUCCACUGUGCGGCAGCUCAAGGUGUCAUCACUGAGGCAUGUCAGAUUCCAAUAUUGUAGCCCAGACAAUCACAAAAGCACACGAUAG